AUGAAUUAAUAAUAUAUAAAUCUAAUAACCAAUUUGUUUAGCUUAUCAUUAGUACAACUCCUUUAUAAGUUCUAAGUAUAUCCAACUGAAUGCUUUCAUUAAAAAUCUGCAGUUGGAUUAACUCUAUGGAGCUUAAAAUAAUCCAUUUUGAGUGAGUAUGUUGACAAAUUAAUUUAACAAUUAUAAGAUCUGAUAUGUAUAUUAGAAGGCAUAGAAAUUUAAGUUAAAUAGGAUAAUAAGAUACUUACUACUUGUACAAUUAAUAUUGUUUUUAACUAAGAAAAUAAUGAAUAAUUCUCCUAAUUUGACUCAGAUAUUUAACUGAAAACUUUGAUCUAUACUUUGAAUCAAAAGCUAAAAACAUAUAAAAUAGAUGAUAAACCAAAAACUUUUUGUGUCAAUUUUUUAACUAAUGGAGCUGAAACCUAAAAUAAAGCAGUUUAAGAAACUUUGCUCUAAAAUUGGAUACUUAUCAAAGAAUCCAAAAAAAGGGAGACUCAAUUAGUCAAUUCGCUUCAUAUGCCUAAUCUAGACAUUCUUGUUGGAUUAAUUUGAUAAUUACAUAUUCAUAAG